UUUGGGGUUGCGAUAGCGAAACUCGGCCCAUCGCCGCUCCGACGGGCCCCCAUGAUUUAUUCAGCAGUGGAUCGGGGCACGCAAUCGGGCUGUCAGGAGAGCGUCAGCUUAUUAGGCAAGUUCUGCGUGAUUCCAGGAGAGGGUCUAAGCUAUAAAAAUCCCGCGCCCCGGCUCUGAUUAGGACCAAAUCUGAUCCCAAGUUCGCCAGGAGCCGGCUCCGAGGGAGAGCGAGAGGAAGGGACGCCGGGCACCGCCGAGCCCCGCCGCCUGCCCUGCCCUGCCCUGCCGCCGCCGCCGCCGCCGCCGCCGCCGCCCCAGGUUUGGGCCCCGACCAUGAAGAUCCCGCUGCUGGUCUCCACGGGAAUCCUGCUGGUCGCCCUCCUGCCCUGCCAGGAGUGCAGAGCUCUCAGCAAGAGCCCGGUAGCCGCCCACGGGGCUCUGCACCAGCCAGAUUUCUUCCAGCAGCAGCAGCAGCAGCAAACUCUGCCCGUCUUGCUCCGCAUGGGAGAAGAGUAUUUCCUGCGCCUGGGCAACCUCAACAAGAGACCCGUCGGCUCUUUCUCCGCCUCUCCCAGCAGCACCAGCCACCUACAGCCCGAAGCCUCCGCCAGCAACUUUUUCCGGGCGGCGGUGCAACAGCUGCAGCAGCUGCCCGAGAGCUCGCUGGGGAGCCCCGAGGAGGGCGAAGCCGAGGGGGAGGCCGUGGAGAGGGAGAAGCGAUCCGAGGAGCCCCCUAUUUCUCUGGAUCUGACUUUCCACCUCCUGCGAGAAGUCUUGGAGAUGGCCCGAGCCGAGCAGUUAGCGCAGCAAGCUCACAGCAACAGGAAACUGAUGGAGAUAAUCGGGAAAUGAAACGGCCCCUCCCCGCCUUGCCAAAGAGAUUCCGCAGUUAGCACAAGAAUAAUUACACCGUCCGAAGUACCAUAGUGCUGCUCUGAUGUCAUCUCUUUAUUUUUAUAUAGCUUUAAACCUAGAAGGGUGUACUCCGAACAGCCUCUGUCCCUUGACUAGCAUGCACAACCGUGUACCAAGUGCAGAAACACGAGUGUCGUUCGUAACCUCCCCUACCUUUAUUUAUUUCUCCAUUUCCCAGUUAUUCUAGUGCCAUCGCUACGUAGGGAUGUGUGAGCAUUGGAAGAAAUGGUGCCAAGAAGACAGAUAACUUUUCUGCUGGGGGCAGGGAGGUGGGAGGGGGAAUCUCUGUAAGCUACUUUAAAUCCACUUUUUUUCCUGUAAACAUUUUCACAAUAAAACAUCUUUUCAGCGCUCGGUCGAUUUUGUUGUGUAAGAGAAUGUUUAAUAUUUAUAUUUUUAAUAAAAGCUGCAAAGUAAA